AUGGCGAGCGAGUUUCUGCAAAUGGUCGUGGUAGUAGAACUGCGGAACCCACCCGAGCGACUGUACGGAUCGGUGACAGACUUGGAAGCUGGUCAAAGCCUGACGCUCAGCAAUGUUUGGUCCCUCAAUAGCCACACGUGGCACCCACAGAUUAUUGUUGACCCUGGGAAUAUUGCUGAAAUAUUCGAUGCCAGUAAAGACCCGCGCUACGCACAUUCUCCGUCUCCAAUGGUCCCCGCGCCUAAUACUGCACAUAUCGCCGUUCCAACCCACACCACACACGUUGAAAAUAAGUCUAUUACACCUGUACUCGGGGACCCGGCUAUAGUCUCUUUCAGGCCGCUGUCAGAACGGCCGGCCUCCAGCCUCAGCCAGAACAGGGCGAUGAACCAGACGCGCCACAUCGCAACGGGGGAAGCCAGCUUCCCACCACCAACAUACACUGUUGCGGGAGUCUCUGUACAAGAGUCAUCACUCCAUGACACCCCUAUAUCUGCAAAGGGUGCAAUUGGGAGCACUCUGGAAAUCUCUAAUGGUACGCCCGAGCUCUCAGACAAAGUGAAUGCAAAUACCAACUACGCUGUUGCGGGAAAUCCUGCCACUACUUCGAUGCCUGUUCCACGUAUUCCGCAACACGAUGUCACACCAAAGACGCGAAGGCGCCAACGCCAACAGCGAGGAGCCAAGAGUAGCGAGGCGAAAGGGAGCGUAGACCUGACGCCGGAGCGGUCGAAACAGCUUGGGAAAGGGGAGGGUUGGCGAGAUACACCCAUGCUCCAAAGUACCGCUUCGUUUCAGCCUUUCAAAUCUCUUAAAAAUUCUAGUAAGCGACGGGAAAAGUCCAACCAGGAUAAUGGGUGGGCGUCGGAGGACGCAACCGACGUUCAAGAAAUGGGCGAUUUCGACUUCGAAGAAAGCCUGGCGAAAUUUGACAAGCACGCCUUGUUCGACCAGAUGCGCAAACAUGACCAGAUCGACGAUGCUGAUCGACUGGUCACACAUAACCGACAACCAGGUACCGCUGGAGGAAAGAAUUUUCACCACACGGAAAAUGUUCUUGGCUAUUUCUUACCAUCGGUCACGAUCGCGUCAAAGAUUAUCCCGAAAGAACCACGGUCUGUGUCAGAGGACUUUUGGAAUAGCGAGACCGACGAAACGCAUACGGGGGGAGCACCAGGUGUCGGGGCUGCCAGCAGGACUGGUGGAGGGGACCGUUUGAGUGGCCGCGAUUUGGGAAACCGGCAAGGCUCGCGGCGGAGCGACAGCAAAGUUUCAAAUACGCGGCGGUCCCAAUCACGGAAAGCCAGCGGCGCCGGAACAGUUGGGCAAGGCCCAUCAAGGGUCAACUCUAUUGCUCCGCUAUCAUCCGCAGUUUCUACAACGCAGCACUUUUACGUCCUGCCAUCGGAGCGGCGUCUUGAGACCGUUUCGGCACUGCAGAUGCUCAAUCUCGAAAACAUCGCGCAUAACGAGCUCGGCCUCUCGGAGGACAUGAUGACAGAAAAUGCUGGUCGUGGUAUUGCGGAAGUGGCUCUCGAGACUCUUUCUGACCCUGCGAACAAAAUUCGUUUAAAGCAAGCUGACCUACAUAGCAAGGAGCCCUCUACUCCUCUUGCACACGGCGGAUCAGCGCCAACAAUUGUUAUCCUGGUAGGUAACAACAAGUCCGGCACCAGGGCCGUGGCUGGCGGCAGGCAUCUGCGAAAUAAAGGGAUCAAUGUUAUUUUAUGUGUUGUCGGCAUUGAGCGAGGAGAACGUGAGUUAUUAGACGACUUGCGUCAGCAGAUUCGAACAUAUCGAAAUUUUGGCGGCCGCGUUUACAACAAAAACGACCUGUUUGAGCAUCUUCGCAAAACAGUUAUUCCCACACUCGCCGGUGAUACGCCGCGAAGUGCUGUAAGCGCCACUGUUCCCGCAGUCACGCUGAUUAUCGAUGCACUUCUUGGUAUUGUCGUAUCCUUCGACGAGCUACGGACCGGGGAUCAAGCUACCGUCUACGAGUUGAUGGAAUGGGCCAAUCGAAACGAAGCUUUCGUUCUAGCAGUCGACGUGCCUACCGGCAUUGACCCAAGCUCUGGGUAUGUCAGUAUCAUUGACGGUGCGCGGCUCUACGUGCGGCCUCGUUAUGUCAUUGCUUUGGGGGCACCAAAGCGUGGCCUUCUCGAAGCGAUGGCUGCUGCAGAGUUAGGAGACACAGCAGCGAUGGAUGCAGCCGAUGACCAACCACUCGAUUGGAGGCUUUUUGUUGCCGACAUAGGCCUAGGAGCGGCGGUUUGGAAAAAGGCUGGCACAAAGAUUCGCCGUGGUAUCGACUUCGAUGAGAAAUGGGUGCUAGAGAUGAAAUAUCACGGUUUAGAAACAGAUGACGAAUCUGUUUAG